AUGCGCCCCUCACCCCUCCUCCUCGCGCUCCCAGCGCUCUCAACGGCGCAGCAACAAUUCCCCUUCCUCGACCAAGUCAAGGGCUGGUUCGCGCAAGCCAGCAACAGCAUCUCCUCCGCCAUCCCCUCCGCACCCUCUCCUCCCUCCGUCCCGAACCCCGUUGCGUCCGGCGCGAAGGUGAUCGCAGACGCAAAAGUCCAGCCUUUGACAAAAGACAACUACCAAGACGUCCUGAAACCCGGCGCGGCGACCGCGAGUCCGGGCAUCGAAGAAUGGAUGAUCUUCGUCACGGGCGGCAACAAGACGUGCUUCGGCCGGUGCGAGCGUGCGGAGACGGCGUGGAAUGAGUCAACUGCUCUCCUCAGCGCGUCGAGGAGUCCGCCGAACCUUGGACUGCUGGAUUGUGAAGCGGAGCCGGUGCUCUGCAAUGCCUGGGCUGUGGGACCGCCGACGAUCUUCCAUUUCCUGAUCCCUCAGCCGCUGGCUGAUCAGUCGACUCCGGCGACGACGGUCCGUUCGUUCGGGCUGAAUCGCACGACUGUUACUGCGCCGGAGAUUGCGUCGAUUCAUCUGGAGGAGAAGUACACGCAGAAGGAGCCUUAUGAAGGGAUCUUCCAUCCGUUCGAUGGGCCGUUGGCGAAGGCGGGCUUGGCUAUUCCGGUUGGGUAUGCGAUUUGGGGGUUCUCGUUGAUUCCUUCGUGGGCUUUCAUGAUUGGCGUGAGCUUCAUUAGCAGGAGUAUGAUGAGCCGGAGAAUGCAAGGCGGUGCUCCAGCAGGUGGCGCCCAGCCUGCAGCUGCACCAGCGGCAGGGUCAUGA